AUGGCCGAUGCAGAAAGACCUCAAUGUGGCGGGGGAGAGGCCAAUGAAGAUGAAUAUGAUCUUCCACUUCAUGUUGCUGCUGUUUUAUUAACCUUUUCCGAGAUACUUACAGCUACAGGGGCUGGCUUCCCCGUUGUUGGCAAAAGAGUUCGAUGGAUGAAAAUCCCGCCAUCAGUGUUGUUCUUCUGCAGACACUUCGGCACAGGAGUUCUAGUGGCCACAGCAUUCGUUCAUCUUAUUCCAACGGCAUUCUCUUCACUGACCGACCCAUGUCUUCCCCCUCUCCUCACAGAACAAUAUCCUGCAAUGCCCGGUGUCAUCAUGAUGGCGGCACUUUUCGCACUUUUCACCAUCGAAAUCUACCUCAAGGCAAAGGCUGGAGGCCAUUCCCAUAGCGGUCCCACGGGUCAUCAUGGAGUGGCGCUUGCCGAUCAAGGGGCACGCCCUGGAGUUGUGUCUCAACAGAGCCUUCCGCCUUAUGGAAAUCAAUUGGGGACUUUGAGUAGAGACGUUGACUUUGAAAAGCCACACGCUUACACACAGUACGGUACUCCCGCCGCGCGUGAAGAGAUGGAACAAUAUAACGACCUGUCCGACAUGCCAGCAUGGUUCCAAGUUUUCUACGCGCAGUACGUCCGACAACGAGAGGAACUCAGACAAAUGAUCAUGGCCAUUACACCUUCUCCUGCUACUCAGGCCGAGGUGUCAUCCUUUGAUGACCGAUCUUCAAUCGCGUUGUCGGACACGCAAUCGAUUGCCGAUGAAGCUACCUUACGCCGCAUGAAUCUGAAUAUCACCCUCCUCGAAGGUGGUAUCCUAUUCCAUUCAAUUUUCGUCGGCAUGACUAUCUCCAUUACCACUGAAGGCUUCUUGAUCUUGCUGAUUGCCAUUCUCUUCCACCAAUUCUUUGAGGGUUUGGGUCUUGGUUCUCGCAUUGCCGCCGUUCCAUAUCCUAAGAAGGCUGUCCGCCCAUGGAUUUUGGUCGUCGCCUUUGGAACCACCUGUCCCAUUGGACAGGCCAUCGGACUGCUCACCCGCAACUCUUAUGAUCCUUCAAGCGCAUUUGCGUUGAUUCUUGUUGGUGCCUUCAAUGCAUUUUCAUCGGGUCUUCUCGUUUACGCUGCGACGGUAGACUUGUUGGCAGAGGAUUUCCUCUCCGAUGAGGCUCAACACGCCAUGUCGAAGAAAGACAAAAUUCUUGCAUUUAUAUAUGUUCUCAUGGGAGGUGAGUUGGACCCCGCUACAUUUGUCAUCCUAUUCCUCUACUGA